AUGACGAGCAAUCAAUAUCGCCAACAAUGGCAACAAGGCCCAACCCAGGUGCAGCAGCCGUACCAGUACGAUCGCAGGGAUGACCAAAGGCUAUGGCAAGAGAAUGGGCGCAGCCAGGGGGUAUAUAAUCAAGACUAUCAGCAGUACAAUGACUAUCCCCAAGAUCGCAACGGAUACGAUGGCGGCUAUGGUGAUGUCCAGCAGCCUCCAAUGAAUUAUGGUCGUGACGGACAUUGGCAAGGUCGAGUCCAGGAUCAAUAUCGACCGAGUGGCUUUCAGGAUCCGCCGUACUAUGACAAUGGGAAUGGGUACUCGCAACCGCCGCCGCCGCAGCGCGAUCCCUAUCCUCAAAAUGCCCCGUCACCUAGCCGGACAUACCAAUACGACGAACGUUACCGUACCAAUGCACCGAGCAGGCCACAGCCAGAGCACCAUCAUAAUCAUUUAGGUGGACAGAGACCGUCGCGAGAGGCCAGAUCUGAUCCCUCUGUACCACAGAAGAGAUCGAAGACGCGGGAACGUAUUCUAGCUGAGCCAACAUCACCAAAGAACCUAGCCUGGGACAAUCCUUUUGGCGCUUGGCCGCAGAAGAAGAAGCCAGGUGACAGGCACAGGCACAACAGCUUAGAUUCGGAGCUGAAAGGUCUGAAUCUCCAUGAGAGACCAGAUAGUCAAGAGGCGCGACCAAAUACGUCUCAUGGACAUCGAAAGAGGGACGAACAUAGGCCGAACACUGCACAUGGCCGCAGACCUAGCAUGGAGCGGCCUAUGCCACUUCCGAUGGAUCAUCCGAUGCAACCCCCGGAGAUGAUGUAUCAACACCAAGAGCCAAGUCCCCCAAGGGAUAGACGUGCACAGGCACCAUCCCGGCCUCCACCGCUUCAAGACUUCGGGAUGGCGCAAAUGGAUCUCAGCAGACCACCACCACUUCGAUCGCAGGAGAACAUCCCUCCCUCACCUCGACGUGGACCACGGCAAGAUCCACGAGGAGCUGCACCCCUGAACAACAGUGAAUACGAGCAAACCGGGCCUUAUGGCAGAGUGGACAGGUAUGGUUCUCCAGAAGAACAUGGUGCGCACGUGAACCGCCUACCUCCACAAGCUGCUCAGCGCAACGAUUAUGUUCCGGACGAAGGAUAUGGGCAAGACUAUACUUCCUCAAGAGCAUACAAGUCACCUGUAGAGCCACCACAACAGACGCAGCAACGCGGGCCAGUUCGUCCGGCCCACACAGAGGGGUUUGACCCGAACGGCUACCGAGGAGUACCCAACACUGUCCAGGGUAUCAAGACAAGGAGCCGGGAUAUGCCCAACUUUGAUGCCAUACCCACCAAUGCGAAUGAAAAGCCUGAAGACCACAUCAAUACUGGGCAAGGAUCUUUUGACCGGCAGGUUUAUCGGAAGCCAACAUAUCAGCUCCCUGGCUCGUUCCCUGCUCCAAUUGAUACAGCCGACAUUAGACCAUCACCACCAUUGAACUACAACAACAAUGGUUCGCCUCUUGCCGAGUUUACUUUUGAUCUGCCGCCAAGCAGAACCAAUGGCUCAAUCGACCGACCACCGCCAGAGUCGCACCAAAACGGUUACAACGACCCUCCCAAGCAUGGGCCUGGAGGCUAUGAGAACCCUCAGCGCCCGCAGCAAACACAGUUUCCUCCUCGAACAGCGAGCAGGAACAACAUGAAACCGCCACCUAUCGGAGAUUUACCACCCGUGCCCAGCAAUGCUCCUACAUACCGAUCACUAAAUCAAGACCAAUAUCCUGCACGCCCUCAUACGAGCAAUGCCCAGCGACCUGCACCGCAGCCUGAUAUCGCAACACCAUACGAUAGAAGCUACUCCGACCAGUUUAGGGCUCCUUCGGCUCCUAUCCCUAAUGAGUUCAACCAAGGCUACGGUCCAAAUGCAACUCAACAACAGAGACAACCUUACGGGCAGCAACGACCUAUUCCACGAGGAAUGUCUCAGGAGAACUAUCCGAGUGGUCCACCACAAAGGAAACCGUCGCAGGAUAACUACAUCCCUGGUCCACCUCGACCUUCAACUUCGUCUGCUCAUCCGGUUCCUGUCAGACACUAUGGCGAUUCGAGCGUCAAACUCAACACCAAUCCAGAUGCUCUGCCUGCACACCCAGAGCCAGUUAGGGGCGGUGGAAAUGGAUAUCAACCACAAGUCCAACCUCCUCAACCGGCAACGGCGCGAGCACCUCUACAAGCACAAGCAGCACCUGUAGCAAAGCGAGAUUCUGCUCCCGGCAGUAGCGAUUCGCCAGCUGUAACACUUCAAGAGCUCAACAGCCUUCGUGUAGAAUACAGCAAAAAUCCGGCCAACUAUGCUGUUGGUUUGAAGCUUGCAAAGAAACAAGUCGAAGCUGCUAGGGUGCUUGCGGACGAAGGUGGUGCUGCUGAUGCUAAGACAACUCAAAAGAACAGAGAAAAAUACAUAUUCGACGCCCACAAACUGGUCAAGAGAUUAGUCGCGGCGAAUUAUCCUGACGCCAUGUUCUACCUGGCAGACUGUCAUGGCCAAGGUCUCCUCGGACUUCCAGUUGAUCCAAAAGAAGCGUUUCAUCUGUAUCAAUCCGCUGCGAAACUCAACCACGCCCAAAGUGCGUACCGUGUCGCCGUUUGUUGCGAGCUGGGCUCCGAUGAAGGUGGUGGUACGCGCCGUGACCCCUUAAAGGCGAUCCAAUGGUACAAACGCGCGGCCACACUGGGCGAUACCCCUGCCAUGUACAAGAUGGGAAUGAUCCUGCUCAAAGGUUUGCUGGGGCAACAGAAGAGUCCACGUGAAGCUGUCUCGUGGCUCAAGCGCGCAGCCGAACGAGCCGACAAAGACAAUCCGCACGCUUUGCACGAGUUGGGUCUACUUUACGAGUCUGCGUCCGGCAACGACAGCAUCGUUCGCGACGAGAGGUACGCCUUUCAGUUGUUCCAGCAGGCGGCCGAGUUGGGAUACAAGUACUCCCAAUUCCGGCUUGGGUCGGCGUUCGAGUACGGUCUUCUCGGUUGUCCCAUUGACGCACGGCAGAGCAUAGCUUGGUACACGCGCGCUGCGGCACAGGGUGAACACCAAUCCGAGCUCGCCCUCAGCGGGUGGUAUCUUACUGGUAGUGAGCCACUGUUGGUUCAGAGCGAUACCGAGGCGUUUCUGUGGGCUCGAAAGGCGGCUAGUUCCAAUCUUGCAAAGGCCGAGUAUGCAAUGGGAUACUUCAACGAGGUUGGUAUCGGGACUGGAGUUGAUAUCGAGGAGGCGAAGCGAUGGUAUUACAGGGCAGCAUCUCAAAAUUUCCCCAAAGCCCGAGAACGUCUCGAGGAAUUGAAACGAGGUCAGAAGAUGCAGAAGACACGUGUUUCACGAUCAAAUGUCAAUAGACAGAGUGACGGGGAGUGCGUAGUCAUGUAA